AGCUCCGUUAAUGCCUCUCUUGCUAGGUCUUGCUGUUUUGGUGCACCCUUGGCCAGCCAUUGGUUGGAAUAGCAGAUGUGAGAGAUUAUUCACUGGUGAACAGUUCCCUCCCGCAAUCACUUCGGGGAGUGGGCAGCAGAAUCGGGAAAGGCAUCUAGCUCAGCAGUAGAGCACAUGCUUUUCAUUCAGAAGUUCCCAGGUUUAAUCCCCAGGAUCUUCAGCCAGGACUGAGAGAGACCCCUACCAGAAACUCUGCGGAGCCAUGGCUUCCGUCCGUGUAGACCAGGGUUCUCAAAGGGUGUGGCAGGAGAGGCACUGGCGGAGGAAGAGGUGUGCGGGGGGGGGGAACGCACCACCCCUGCAGCACAAUCCCGGUGGGGUGCCAUCGCGGCUGCCCCUCCAUCUGCGCUGAGUGCCACGCCCACAGGCGGCAUGCCAUGCCCCGCAGGCGGUGCGCCCCACCCCCAGGAUGCACGCUGCCCCCCUCCCGCCUGCUCUCUGCCCCCCAGUGCCAGAGCAUGAAGCUCCACCACUGAGGAGAGGAUGACAAGUGCAGCAGGAAGAUUCAAGGGCAUUCAGUUUCAUAUAUUUUUUUGGGGGGGGGGUGUGAUUCAUGUUCUUAUGUACUAGCAGUGUUUUAUACUUUCCCAUGAUUGUAUCAUAAAGUAGUUGUAUUCUAGGUUAAAAAUCAAGCACUGCUAGGAGUUGUUUGUUUUUGUUUCCUAAUGUAUUUCUUAUCACUGAAAAAAUUUUUCAUUCUGAAAGUGUGGCCCAGAGGAAAAGGUUUUGAGAACCACUGGUACUCAAGCAGUGUUGCGCUAGAUGGUCUGCCUCCAUAUAAUGCUCCAUGCUCCUCUAUCUGAUGCCUUGGAGCACUACUGCCAGUCAUGAGUAGAGAGGUGCUCCAACAGGCCCAAGACAGCAUACUAGGUUUGUAUGUACGUAAGCAAUGUGUGCCCAAACCCCUGCCUUGCAGGGGGUUGGACUAGAUGACCCUUGGGGUACCUUCCAACUCUACAGUUCUAGGAUUCUAUGUAGGCAGCUUUGCAAAUAUUUACAACAAUGCUGUAAGGAAGGAACAUCAUUACUGUACAGUGGUACCUCGGUUUACGAACUUAAUCAUUUCCGGGAGUCCGUUCUUAAACCAAAGCGUUCUCAAACUGGGAGUGCUUUCUCUACUGAGUGCCCUGCCACUGUUCGGCUUCCAAGGCAAUUUGCUAACUGGAACACCUACUUCCGGUUUUGCGAGUUUGUUCACCGAAUAGUUUGUUAACAGGUUCGUUAACUGUUAACAGUGGUACCGAGGUACCACUACAUCAUUACAGAUGGGAGAGACUGAGGCUAAGACGGAUUGUGACUUUUUUGUGGCAGGGCUGAGUUUCGUACUGGGGACACUGGCCUGCAGUUCAGCUUCAGCCCCUGAACUGCAUUUUACCAGCCCCCAAACCUAGUUUUGUUGGGAAGUGGGUGCUCCUCAGUAUUUUGUUUCCACCCAGAUACACAUUCUAGAAAAAAACCAACAACCCAAGGCUGUUGCCUGAGAAACAUCUAUAGCAACGGUGGCGAAGGGAGAGGAGGAUGACAGACGAAUUAGAUUUGGCAACAUGUUGUGCCAUUUGCUUCUGGGCUUCCUGGGCGGUGGCCUCCUCGUACGAAAUCAAACAAUGAAAGAGCAGGUCAUGUGACUGCCUUUUCGCGCCUGCCACCUGCCUUUCUGAACAGAGAGUUUUCUCUUUCCACCCAAAUACAGUGUUAAAAAACUUGUUGUGUUCGAAUAACCUGCUUGCAUUUUAGAAGGUAGCAGGACACACAGAUAUAUACAGUUGCUUCUGUUGCUUUUGUUUCCCAUCUGCACUGACCCUGUUUUCAUUAUGCUGCAUUUUUUUAGAUAUAUAUUCAUAGAAUGGUAGAAUGGUAUAGUUUGAAGGAUAUUGCAUGCUUAGGUUUUAAUUGUCAGACACCCUUAGUGGUGCUUUGUGUUGGCCUGGUGACUCAAAACAAACAAACAAAUCUGAGUCCUGCCAAGGCAUCAGAAGGGCCAGAAAAUGAAUUAUUAUGGGUUGUAUCUCUGGGUGAGUUAAUCUCCCAGUUCUGGGUUCUCCCAGUUUCUCAUUUUUCCGAUUUUAAGAUCAGUUCUCCACAUUUCCGCAUCAGUUUACAAUUUAAACAAAUAAAAAGGGAAAGGUUCCCAGGAAAAUGGAUGAGGCGAUUAUAUUUUCUUAAAUAUAAUGCACCUUUGUAUGUCAUUAACAAUAUGCAUUUUUUCAGCACACUUUUUGUUGGUAUGUGGAUUUUUGUUACAUUGCAAAAUUCAAAAAAAUGUGGAUGUUGAAGGAUGGCUUGUGUUUUGGUUUGUGCCUUCAUAAAGUGUGAAUUAGGUUGGUUUGCCUUUAAAUGCAAACUGAAUUCCAUUCCCCCCCCCCUUGCAUCCAGUGGAGGCUUUGCAUUGAUGGAAACACUUCAACUUGCGCAAAGCAAGGGACCUGACUUUUGCCUGUCCAUCCUGCCUGGCGGAUAGAGUCCUCUCAAAAAGUUAUCCUGACAGAGAGGUCCCAUCUACACUAUUUUGUUUAUCUUGCCACUUUAAGCAGCCAUGGCUUCUUCCAAAGGACCUGAGAGCUGUUAGGAGGAGACCUCCUUAUUCCCCUUCACGGAGCUGCAAUUCCCAGAGUUUCCUGGGAAGAGAGAUUGAUUGUUAAGUCACUCUGGGAAAUGUAGCUCUGUGAAGGGGAAUAAACAGGUCUCCUAACAGCCCUAACAAAAGACGCUUCCUGGGACUCUUUGUGGGAUGCCAUGUUUAAAGUGAUUUAGUGCUAGCAUAAGGACAUCUCAGCCUGGAUAGCUCAGUUGGUAGAGCAUGGUGCUGAUAACGCCAGGGUUGCAGGUUCGAUCCCCAUAAGGGACAGCUGCAUAUUUGGGUUGGACUAGAUGAUUUCUUCUUUUUCCCCCAAAUAUUUUUUAUUCAUUUUAUAAUAAGACAUACAAGGAAACCAAAAACAAUACAGAACAAAUACAUAAAAAAUUAAACAAAAUACAAACAAACAUAUCAAUAUUUCUUAACUUCAUAUUUUACUUAACAUUGUCUUGAGAACUUCCUCAGAUCCCACCCUUCUGAUUUUCAUUUAAAAUUGUUUUUAUCCUUAGCAGUUUCAUAUUUCCAAAUUUCAUCCAUUAUCAUCUCCAUCAAUUCUUAUUUUAAGCUCAUAUUCAUAUUUCUAAAACAUUCUUCUCUUUUUUCUUUUUACCGUAUUGUCCACCUUCUCCUAUCCCUCCAUCCUUAGGCCACCUCCUGCCACGAGAAGGUCCCAGAGUGAACGGACAGUUGAAGGUGGUCCAUUUUAUAAUUAAACUUCUCCCCCCUCCCCCCCAGAGCCAGCCUACCACAAGGGGUUCCAAAAUGGAGAGGAGGAACAAAGGUAGCGAGCCACCCAACCAUCUAAUUAAACAUACAAUUUCUAUUUAACUAUCCUAAACAUAUUUCUCAAUUUCUCAUAUAUCUAAACCUAUUUAUCUCAUACAUACCAUACUUUUCCUACCCUAGCCUAGAAUUCCACCAAGAAAAACUUCAUACAUUUACUCAUAUCUUAAAUUUCACACAUAACGUUUACCUUUUUAUUUUUCCCAUCUCUUUUCUGCCACUUCCUCCUUCCUCUUUGCCCCAAUCGCUACAGCAAGUUCCAUAAUAUAGCCCGAGUUCAAAUCCCAUUUUUAUCCAAUCCUAUAAAAACCAGUUUCCUUUUUCACCCCACUCCCAGUCUCACAUGUUUUAAAACCCAACUUUUUGUCCUCCCCUCUCUCUUCCCACCCCCCAAUUCCCUAAAGUCUCUCCCUUGCCAAACCCAGGUCAUCACAUUUCCCCUAAUUUCCCUUAAAAUCAGUCCCCAAAAUAAUUCUUGUUCUUCCAUCUCUGAGAUAGCAUAGUUCCAUGAAACAUCUUGAUGGGUUUUCUCUCCUUGUCUAACUUUUUCUUCUUCCUGUUCUUUGGAGGAGUCCCUUUGUCCUCAGGGACUAGUUCUUCAAUACUUUCUUUAAUUUCCAAUCCUUCUUCCUUUUCCGCCAAUUAUUUAUUAUUCCUUUUUAAGUCCAAACAGAACUGGUGCUGCCCAAUUACAAGUUCCCACAACAAUUUUAGUACUGACUGUUGAAAACCAGGUGCAGCUCUGGAUGUUGACAUUCUUUCCAGCUUCAAGGGCAGAGUCAAUAUUAGAGAACAAGGAAUAAUGGGAUUUCAGUCUCAUAGCCAAAGUUAUAUCCAAGUUGGCUAAAAAAAGAUUCCAUAGACAUUGUAAUCCAAGACUUAAAAGUUCUUUUUAACCAUUCAGUCCAAGAACAGUUGAUGUUUUUAAUGACAGCUGUCAAACAUAUCCAUUCUCUUCAUUGCAACAGUUCACCUCCUCUUAGCAAUAAACAUAUUCCAUUCCUUUAUAGCAUCUCCAUAAAGUCUCGCUGAUUCUCCUGGGGUGCCGAUUCCAGGGUUAAGAAAGGCUUUCCCCCUUCCCAAUUGCUGACUUUUGCAGGGAUUUUUGUUAAAAAGAAGAUUCUUUCCCCCCCUCACUCUGCCUUCAGAGGGGAAUAUAGGUUCAUCCCUUGGAGGUUUAUAACACUCCAAAAUUUCUUUCUGGCUUCGGGGCAUGUUACUGCUUCCCGGUUCCUCAGUGGGUAGAGAUCAACUCCCAUUUUUUGGAUCUCUCUCCCGUGACCAAAUUUUCCAGAUUUAAAUCCAAUAGAUCAGAUUACUCAUGGUCUGUUCUUUUUGUAGAGAUUUUUCCUUUGGAAUAAUUGACCGCUGCUAUCUCCCAGUCACGCAGCUUCGCGCUGUCAGAGUUAGCUAUCUUUGCCUCCUCGCUCUCGGGGGCUCAAAACAGAACCGAACCGGGGAGGAGGGAGCCUACAAAUGGCACUCGCCAGAUGAUCAGUCCCCAAAACGCUCCAUUUGGGGCUUUUUUAGGGGGUCUGCUGCGCUGGAGCGGUUUCCCCUGCCUCUGAAUCGCCGAGGUCCGCUCUGCUGAACAGACCUCCGACUCAGAAAGAUGGCGCGGCCAACCGGAAGGUGGACUAGAUGAUUUCAACUCUGUGAUUCCAUGAAUCUGGGAAGGGAUGCAGAACCACCACUAGAUACCACCCACUGAUGUCGCUUUUCUAGAGAUACUCAGCUUGCAGAAGGAUGUAUCCACUCUUAUCUGCCUCAUUUAUCUCACUAGGUCUACGUUCUAUGCCAGGUGAAGUGGGUACGUUAAAGAAGGGGCUUCUCUGUUGGGCAGAGGUGCCCACUUUGGGACUCACUGCCAAUGGAGGUGCCCUGCAGAGGUUGCUGGUCUGUACUGCCUCUUCAUCCUGACCAUUCACCAUGCUGGCCACUGGGACUGCUGGGAGCUGAAGUCCAACAAUAUCUGCAGUGCUAGCUGGUAUUUAACCAUUUCACUAACCAAAAUGUCAGGGAGAACAUGCCUGAAAGCAGUGAGGGGAGAGGAAAUAGGAGACCUCCCUAAGCCUUACCUUCCUCUCUGGGCUGAGGAUUGGGUCCAGUAAGAGAGGCUAGUGAGUAGCAACACCGACAAGGAGGUGGGCUUGAGUGUGGAAGGGGAACCCACUGAGGGCACGAUGUUCAGGCUCCUUCCCUCAUUGCUACCGCCGCUCCCCCCCCCCCCCAAGCUUCAUGGCCCCUGGCUUCAUUUGUUGCUGCAGGCCUCUGGGGGCAACUGGUUUACUCCAGUUACCAGUCUGUCCCAGCUGGUGUCAGAGGUUUAUGAACGAGUCCCUGCUCUGGGACACAAGGCAAACUCUCCAAAGAUACAUUUAAAGUACAGUAUUAUGAUACCACUUUAAACAGUCAUGACUCCCCCCCCCCCAAAGAAUCUUAGGAGCUCUAGUUUGUUGCAAGUGCUGGGAGUUGUUAGGAGGCCCCAUUCCCUUCACAAAGCUACAGAUCCCACAGUUCCCUAGGGAGAGGGGUUGAUUGCUGGACUGCUCUGAAAAUGGUACCUCUCUGAGUGUCAUGAGGGUUCCCGAACAACUUUUAGCACCCUUAACAAACUACAACUCCCAUAGUUCUGGUUACAGGUAGGUAGCCGUGUUGGUCUGGGUCGAAGUAAAAUAAAAAAAUUCCUUCAGUAGCACCUUAAAGACCAACUACCGUAUAUACUGGCGUAUUAGACGGCUUUUGAACCCAGGAAAUUUUUUUCAAAAGUUGGGGGCCCGUCUUAUACGCCGGGUCCAAGAAUCUGCAGUCACCGCAUACGGUGGGGGGAGCUCAAAAACGGCCGCAUCCCCACUGUAUGCAGUGACCAUAUGAACGCAAAGAAGCGCGCUCGGGAGGGGGCUGCUCCCCGCCAGGGAGAAUGGCUCCCUCAUGGCUUUGUGACCUGGAUCAGCGCAGAGAUACAGUUUUGUGUAUUUCAUUGGUGUCAAGCUGCUGCCUCUUCUCUUUUUGUCAGCGCAAAGCAAAGGGAUCUCUCCGUCUCUCGCUCUCUCCGCUCUCUCUUUCACUGCUGCUCAGCGUCUUUCGCUGGCUGUGUGAGCCUCCGAUGUCUCUGCCCCUCUAUCGCUAUCCUCUCUAUGGUUUCUCUCCCUCUCCCUGGCUUCUAUUCCCCUUUUGCUCACUGAGCCAGCCUCGUUGUCUCUCUCUCCGCUCUCUCUUUCACUGCUGCUCAGCGUCUUUCGCUGGCUGUGUGAGCCUCCGAUGUCUCUGCCCCUCUAUCGCUAUCCUCUCUAUGGUUUCUUUUGCUCGAUGUCUCUGCCUCCCUCUCCCUCUCCCCCUCCCUCCUUUUGAUCGAUGUCUCUGCUUCUCUAUCUCUCCUUUCGCUGGCUUCUUUCCCCCUCUCAAUAACUAAGCAAGCAAGCAAACAAACAAACCACCAUUUCCCCGGCUGCAGACUUGAGUGCUGGAGAAGACAGCCUCCCCUCCCCUCCCCGCCAAAAAAGGGCUGGAGUACAUCCUAAAUUCUAUAUUUUAACUUGAAAAGUAAGGGGUCGUCUUAUACGCCCAGUCGCCUUAUACGCCAGCAUAUACGGGUCGCUGCACUCGAGAAAACUGCAAAUACCUUCAUCCUCCACCGCACUUAAAAACACAACUCGAAAUCAACGGACGCAACAACCUGAUCCAGCAAAAGACAGCCGCAGCCAUGUUUGCACAGCAAAUGCAGUUCAUGCUACCGGGAGCACAAUUGCAGCCAAUUACAACUUUUCCUGUGACUCCUUCGCUUGCAACUAGCCCCACCAUGGCAUUCAGCCCCUACCUAAGUCACGUCUCUCCUGGAAUGGGCUUGGUUCCUGCAGAGCUGUUACCAAAUACGCCUGUCCUGGUGUCUGGGAACCCAGCUGUUUCUGUGGCAGGGAGCUCCACUGGGCAGAAAAUGAUGAGGACAGACAAACUGGAGGUUUGCCGGGAGUUUCAACGUGGCAACUGCACACGCGGCGAGAAUGACUGCCGUUACGCUCACCCGAUUGAUAUUGCCAUGGUAGACACAAACGAGAACACCGUGACGGUGUGCAUGGAUUACAUCAAAGGGCGGUGCUCCCGGGAGAAAUGCAAGUACUUUCAUCCCCCUGCACACCUGCAAGCCAAAAUCAAGGCAGCUCAACAUCAGGUGAAUCAAACCGCUGCAGCCGGAAUGGCGUUGCCACCCGGUGCUCUUCAACCUUUACCAAAGAGGCCAGCGCUUGAAAAAAACAAUGGUGCCACCACAGUCUUUAACCCAAGUGUUUUCCAUUACCAACAGGCCCUCGCAAACAUGCAAUUGCAACAGCCAACAUUUAUCCCUACAGGGUCUGUGCUGUGCAUGACUCCCACAGCAAGCGUUGUUCCCAUGAUGCACGGUGCUACGCCCACCACUGUUUCUGCAGCAACAUCACCUGCCACCAGCGUUCCUUUCGCUGCAACUGCUACAGCCAAUCAGAUAUCCCAGUUAUCAGUAGAUGAGCUAAACAGCAGCAUGUUUGUGUCACAAAUGUAGAAGCAAACAAGGGAAAACAAACCAUGUCAGAAUCAUGAACCUAAAAUCAUGGAGUUACUGGACUUUUCUCUCUUUGGUGGGAACCUGCCCCUGGGCUCUCUGUGUAUAUAGGCCCAUCCUUUCCUCCUCUACAGCAUCUACAGUAAGCCCUACUGCAGCCUACAUGUUAACCAAAAACUGGUCCAUGGGAAUGUCAAACUUUUUUUAAGCACUAUAGAGAAACAAUUAACAAAACAGCACUCUGUUAUACAAGGCAUAGAAAUUAGUAGAGAACUAUAACAAUAGACUUUUAUAACAUCUUACUUUAACACACUUUUUAAAAAGAAUAUUUUUUCCUGACUACCAUCAAGAGAAAGUGUCCUCCUGCACAGUGGACUUACUGGUUUAUUAUUCUAUUUUCAAUGCAUAAAUGUUCAUCUGUUUUCAAAGUGUUAUCUUACUGUUUUGUUUACGUCCUAGUCUAUAUUGAUUUGUUUGGAGAGACAAAAGAAGAAAAGAUGUACAUCAUUAUCAAGUAUACUCAACACUUUUUUUCCAUUAUCAUAAUGUCUUACAUUUUCAUAUACUGUGGUUGUUAUGGGUUUCUCCUCUUUUUUCUUUCCUUUUUUUAAGAAAAAAAAAGAAUGACAAGCUAAGAAUGUUAUACUGGGAAACAGGAAUGGUGUGCUUUUAAAAAAGCAAGAGAUAAGAAUGUUCAGAUAUAGAUACGUAUCGGGCUAGUUAUUUAGAAACCUCCAUCUGAAAAAUAGACUCUCCCUCCAAAAUGGAGUCUCUAAUAAAUUAAUAAAAAUAAACAAUACUUGCAAAAGUUGUGAAGGGGUUCGCUGUCAGUUCAGGAAGGGGGAAUGGAAAGUGAAAUGGAUCAAAACAGGGUCAAGCCCGCAAGGCCAAGAUGGCAGAAAAGCACCUGGCAAAAGAGAGAUUUCUGCCUUUAAGUGCCACUUUAAGCUCCAAUUGGUGCACAACAUAUCUUGAAAUUUUACCAACAUGGUUGUUUUUUUAAGUGACAUCAAGAAGUAUGACCAGUUUAUGGAAAAUGAGGUUUUCUUGCCAUUGAGAUGAAAGUAUUCUGCUAAUACGCAGAGCCUACUGUGAUAUAGAACAGAAAAACACACACACACAUAAAUUUUCCAUUCAAAUGUAAGCAGCCCAUCUCCACAUCCCAUGCUUAGCCCAGGAAAGUAGUACCAAACUGCAGCCUCACUGCAGAUUGGAGCAGGUAUUGCUCUUGAGGGAGCAGAGAAUAAAGUAGGAGACAGACAAAAUAGUUGGGUUUAAAUUCAUCCAGAUGUUUUGCCACUGUUUUGGGUGUGUGCUUGGAACCAUGUUUUGACAUCCUUGCAAUGCCGGUUAAGGAGUUGAGUUCAGAUUCUAAUCUGUGUGAUAGUGACUGCAUACAGUGUUUAGCAGGGGACUGUAGAUGUUCAGGAAGCCAAUGUAUUAUAUUAUGUGUUCAAAUUUGGCCCUAGUGGCAGAAACUAAAGAAGAAUGGAAUGCCUGGUUUGUUACAUUGCCAUCCAUGAACUUAGAUUCCUCAACAAAGUUUGAAUCCCAUGAAAUCUGAUACAGUACCUGCAAAAAUAAUAAUGUUGUGUUGUGAACAAUUGUGUUGUGAACAAUUGCAAACAAAUGCAAAGGGUCAUUUUGGUGCUACUUUCCAUGGUCUUAAAAGGUCUAGGCCCUAUCAGCGGGAAGUGAAAAAAAUACAUUUCUCUCGUACAAAAUUCAUUUGCAUAUUCCUGGAAAAUUUUAGUCCAGAGUUGCCUAAAAAAGAGCCAUACAUAACCAUAUAACUGGCCAACCUGUUGUUCAUUGCUGACUUUGUUUCCCAGCUCUGUAACAUAGUAGAAAAAAGUGGAUUUGAGUACUUCCUGGAUAUGACAAUAUUUGUAUAUUUAAAAAAAAAGAUGGGUUUUGCACAACCUGUGGCAGUGCCUCAACAGAGAACAUACCUGAUCUCUUCUAGUCAGAAAUGACACCUAUGUAUACUUCUAUAGAUAUAUAUAUAUAUAUAUGAUUGUGUUAGUGUUAGAAUUUGGAAGGAGGUUCAGUGUUUGUUUUCAGUGCUCUAAAUGGAUUUUUAUGUAAACUUGCCCCUUCGAUGUUACCCAUUCCUGCUUUUUUGAAUGAUAUAUUUUUUAAAGCAUCUUGCAUAGAUAUGCACAGAAUGUAAGCCUAAAAUGUUUCUACAGCAUUCAUGUCACACAGUUUUAAAGCACUGAAAAGCUAACACGCAAGGGGCACAACACCCUGCUUGUAUUUUUUGCAGAACUUGGGAGCCAGAGGGGAGGAGGAGGAGCCUCCCUCCUGGCUCCCACAGCAAACCAGGCAUCACUCCCCAGGCACAAGGCACCAGAACCACACUCAAUGCUCAAUCCUUGCACCCCUGAACAUACCAGAGAUAAACUUUACACCUGCACACAUGGACACGCAGGCACUUUCUAACACAGAGGUGCAGUGAUACAUCUUCAGGGUAGACUGUUUUAUUUUAGGUUCCACAACAUUUUUAUUUUUAUUUACAAAAAUAGAGUUAGUGUUUGUUGUAAGAGAAAAACUUUGUGGAGUGAGGGGAGACAAGCGCGGCUUUUAAAGCACUGGGAAUGUCACCAAAUUUAACAGGGAGGUUGGGGUGGGGUUUUUUAAUUUAAAAAUGCCAUUGUAAGGGUAGCACUAUUUAAGGCUUGUUGUGCAAUGACUUCUUUAUUCAAGAAAGAAAGAAAACACAGUCGACAGACUAUAAAAUCCUAGAUAGGUGCAUUCUGUAUACUAUAGUCACUGAACUACUUGGUGACUCUAAAUGAAAUAACAAACACAAGGAAUCUCAUCUUUUAUUUUAGUACAGAGGUGUGUGUAAUGUUUGAAUCAGCAUAAUUUCAGCAACUUUCUGUAAGCUUCCCAAGUUCGACAAACCUAUAUGUUCUUUUUAAAAUUUAUCCCAAGUUCAUCUCUCUAGCUUUCAGUGUUUAUGUGCCCAUUUCCUCUCAGCCUUAUGCAAACAAUAUGCAAGAAAUGCUGAAACUUGAGUAAAACGGGUCAUUGCAGAGGGAAAAUGAGAAAGCUGAUAGAUCACUUUUGAGGGGGGGGUUAGUUGUUUCAUGAAAAGGCGUUUUUUAAUGAAAAACUUAAAACUUGCUAGAUACAUCCACAAAAACAAUGAAAGAGGGAUUUAAAGUACAAUGGGAUUCUUGAAAUGAUUUCCAUUUCUUUUGUUUUUAAGUGCAGUGUUCUUGAGGAUUGGAACAUGGUUUUUCAUAAUCAUAUUUUUAUUCAUAUUUAAUAUGAACUUGUUAGGGGUUUGGGUUAGGUUUUUUUAAAAAAUGGUGUCAUUUUUGUAUCUACAUAUAUUCCCCCCCUUCCCUGCCCCCCUUUCCCCCAGCCAGCCCACAUCCUCCACUUCUGAACACUCCCAAAUACUCUUUAAUAUGCCAUGUACUGCGUGUUGCACUUUGAGAGUUCAUUUGUGGACUGCUGUGGCUGGCUGGCCUGCUCCACCCCUGGCAAAGCCACAGAAUCUCAUGCUUGCCAAUGUGGACUCCUCUUGCCUCAUUAUCAGAUCUCCCAGGCAUCUUGUCUGAGAAAGUGAAAGUGCACAGGCCGGAUAUGAAGGGCUAGUUUGAACGCAUACUGUGGGGUUAGUUUUAGUCUCUUCUUUUCCUUGUGCCAUGUCACCAGAUACUUUGAAACUCAGUUUUGAAACCAGGUGGGGGGGCACAUUGUGUGGUGGGGGCAGGGGGGCUGUUGGCCAUGUGCAACUAGCCUGCUGCCCAUCUUUUGGCUUGCUCAACAACAGAUCUGCAAGCUGCAAGGCUGAUGUUGGGGUCUGUCUGUUUUUAUCCAGGCAGCUUACAGUUCCAUCAGGAAGCCAACCACAUGGACCACCUGGUGCUCAGCUCAAUCCUGUGCACAUUUGCUGGGAAAGUCAGUCCCCUUUGUGUUUGAUGGGGCAUGUCCUGAGGAAAGUGCCUAUGAUUGCAGCCUCAGGCCAUUAUAUCUGUGCAUAUAUUUUUGAGCACGAGUGGGGGAGGGAGCCAGUGUGCGCCUGGCAAAAAAAGAAACCCUAAGUGAGAAACAAGCUUCAGAGGGGUCACUGCAGUUUAGUCACCACUGCAAGUGAGUUCAGGAUGGCAGCCUUUGUGUUCUAGUAUGGCCCAGCUAAACCGAAGGGCAAAUAUUGAAUGUUGUAGGUACAUCAGACCUGGAAAGGAGAUUAUGCUGACCUCCUCCUGUUUCAUUCUCAACUUUGCCUAUUACUUAAUACAGCAGUUAUCUCUAGGACACUUUAGUACCCAGAAAGGUUUAAUAAAUUGGAGCUCUCCUUUUCUUUUUUAAAUCCCUAAUACAUUUCACAUCCAUAAAAAUGGGGGGGGGUGAAACUUUAUGAGCAAAAUCUAAUUUCCUCUUCCUCCUGAAAGGAUGUAUGAUGCUAAUGAUCUGAUUCUUACCAUGUGCCUGAUUAAGGCCUUAGAAUAUAUUGUAUGUUAAAGACUGUAAUAACUUUUUUAAAGAAAAAAACUUAUUAGUUGGUAGCUUGAAAUAAUUGUAAAUAGAGUUUUUUAAAAAAAUGUUACUAUGUUACAACAGGUUAUUCAUGUUGCAUUAUUUUCCAUUACUUUUCAUGUUAGUUUUUAAGGAUUUUGUUUUCAUUAUCGCAUAUAUGUGUGCACACACACACACGUGUGUGUGUGUGUGUGUGUGUGUGUGUGUGUCUUUAUAUAUCUUUAGUAACUAAUUAAUAUGAUUUUUGAAGGAGAGUUAGAGAAUGUUUAAGAUUUUUAAAUCAUGUAUUCAACUCAUUUAGUUAUCUUCUAAAAACAACACUGAACCGCAUGUCAAAAUAUAGAGAAAUACAGUCCAUAGUUUGUAUAGUUUACAGUUUAAGAACAAACAGACAAAAAGAGUAACUUUGUAUGUAACUCCUACAAUGAUAGAUUCAUUGUUAACUAAUUAUAUUAAGUUGUUGUUGCUAUGGCAACAAAACUACAACAUGGCUACCUUUCUAUACAUUAUUUGUGAAAUUUUCACAUGUAAAUUAAAAAAAAGUAAUGUGUAACAGUAUGGGUUCGUUUAAGGUACAGUUCGAUACUGUCAGAGAAAGAUAUGACUGAAUAUUUUUUAAAAUCCCAAAGUCCCAUGUGAACGCUGGAUUUGUGUCUUUUAUGUCACUUUUUCAGUCUAAAAGUUUACAACACAUGGAUUUAGAGUCAGGUUUUAUAGCUUGUAGAAAUUGUUGUGUGAGUUGGGUUAUUCCACAGUAUUUUUCUCCUGGAUGAUACAAAGACUUUCAUGGAACUCCUGGGGUUUUAUUCUAUUUCCACAGACUCUAGAGAUGAAACAAAUGUAGGAAAACGCAAGUCAGAAUUUGAUCAGGAAUUGGUAUACUGUACAGUGGUAAAGAACUUACUGUAAUUCAUUCUGGAGGUCCGUUCUUGGGUACCACUUUAGCUAAUGGGGCCUCCCACUGCACCCGCGUGAUUUCUGUUCUCAUCCUGAAGCAAAGUUCUUAACCUGAGGUACUAUUUCUGGGAUAGCGGAAACUGUACCCUGAAGCAUCUGUAACCCGAGGUACCACUGUGGUGUUGUUUCAUAAAAAUCAAAAGGAAAUGUAGAAAAGGAAACAUUUCAGCCACAACCAAUCCCCAGGGCGUUGCUUUCCGUGGGACUUGUGCUGUGGCUAAGGUCUGUAGGUUUUUGCACCAGGCCUAAAAAUUUUAUUCUUCUGUAAAACAACAACAACAACAAAUUCCCAGAUUCAGAGUUGUGCAACCAAUGGGGUUACACAGCCAUUCAGCAGCAUUUUUUUGAAUGCAGGAAACUGAUCAGAUUCUGAUGGUAUAACCUUUUUUGGUGCUGCUGUUUGUUUCAACACUAGUGAAUUCAUAAUUAAACAAGCUUUUUUUAAUUAAAAAAAUACUGCAAAAACCAAACAUCAUAGUUAGAUCGUUGAAAGCCUUUUACAUCAAAAUCAUGACUGGGGCAAUAUGGGAAGAAGCAACCUUUACAUAAAAAGGAGACAAAAAUAUUGUGGAAUGACCCUAUAACAGUGUUGAAGAAACCAAUAUGCUGCAGUUAAACUGAUUCAGUUGGUGUACGAAUGUGUAAGACACAUCUUUUUUGCACUUAUGUACAUAGUCCACGAAAGAAAUCCUUGGAACUUAUUUUGAAUAUAUGAAAAAAAAGUCUGUAAUAAUACAAGGAGAAGUUUGUAAAAGAGAUUACUAAGGCUUUGAAAAGGAAGAGAUUUUUUGCUAUAAAACUUAUCUGAACGCGUGCUGUUGCUUUGCUAUUGUACAAGCUUUGUAGUUUGCCAUAUAGCUUAAAAUACAGCAGAGACCGGCUCAUUUCCAACCUGCAGCUCUGAAAAAAAAUAAGAAAAACACACACACAAUAGGAAACAACACUUAAUCUAAAAGUAAAGGUCACCAGCAAAGGUUUUUAAGUGGUUUGUCACCAGCACAAACUGGGUAUGAGAAGAGCUGAAGUCAAACCAAAGGGCCAGCUAGCCUAACAGCCUCCCCACCAGAAGGGCAUAAGUUGAACAGCCCCCUUCCAUUGUCCACAGCUGUACACAGAUUUUAAAGAGAGAUGCCAUGUAUCCACCAUGGCCAGUAGCCAUAGGUUGACCUGUUGUCUCCUCCACACUCUGACUCUCCAGAUAUUUAAAAAAGUAAUUCCAUUUCCUCACCCACCUGGCUAUAUUAGAACUUUGGCAUGUGUUAAAAAUACCUGCAGUUUUCUUUGGAGGAUCUUUUUGGAUUCAGGAAUCAUAGGGCAUGCUCAGGCAUCUGCAAGGAAAGUUGGAGACUGAUGAUGCAACAUUAUGGGAGGUGGGGUUGUCUACAAAUAAAAGAUUGUAUUCAACUAUGUCCUACUCUGAGUAGACCCAUUUAAAUUGGUGGACCUACUUGGACGAGAACGAACAAUGGAUACAACUCGGUAUGUUCAGGCAAAUAACUAUAUUGAGGCCCAAACCCUUCAUCCCUCCCACAGAGAGCUUUGCUUGUACUGCCAAAAAUUUGAAUCCUGAUUUUCUAUCAUCCUACUGGCAGCGGGGAUAUUUUGAUAGGGGAAGCUACAUUAGGAAUCUUGGAGAGUGUAGACUUCACAGUGACUUUUUUAAGGGCUGCCUUCAUGAGGCUCGUGUCCAACCACAUGAAGAACUUGAUAGAUGUAGCAUCCACAGUGAGGAGUAUUCCACCUCUCCCUUCUUCUUUCCAAGCAGUGGUUCUUUGGUAUAAAUUCUUCUCUCUUGCAUAGGUGGGUACUGUACUAGAGACAGCCACAUCUUCAUAUGAUAGCCAUGUUCAAAUAUAUAAAAGGAUAUCAAUAUAGAAGAGGGUGAAAGGUUGUUUUCUGCUGCUCCAGAGAAGCGGACACGGAGCAAUAGAUUCAAGCUACAAGAAAGAUGAUUCCACCUAAACAUUAGGAAGAACUUCCUGACAGUAAGAGCUGUUCGACAGUGGAAUUUGCUGCCAAGGACUGUGGUGGAGUCUCCUUCUUUGGAGGUCUUUAAGCGGAGGCUUGACAGCCAUCUGUCAAGAAUGCUUUGAUGGUGUUUCCUGCUUGGCAGGGGGUUGGACUGGAUGGCCCUUGUGGUCUCUUCCAAUUCUAUGAUUCACUUGGGCUGCAUUGGCAAUUGGCUUUCUGCAUACCCCUUUAAGCCCAAGUGAGUGUCAGGCUGGCAGCAUAUAGAGUGAAGUAGGUGAAGUUGUCCCAACGCUAGCUAACAGAGUAAAAUGCCUGUAAUUUGGGUAAUGCUAUUCACAAAGCCAAGUCUUAAAAGGGUGGCAUGUGAACAAGGCCUUUGUUUCUGCCAUGUAAGGGGUGUGGGCCUGUCUUCCCACUACAGAAGCUUGAGGUGUAGGCAAUUGUUCAGGAGGAGAACAAGCUCAAGGCAAAGAUUUUAUAGGGCCUGGUGGACAGGGAUUGGCCCUGUCAACAGACAGAAUGCACAGGCAGGCUGGUAUAGGCCCGUCUCUAUAAGCAUUAAGGCCACGUCUUCACUGCUAGGGCCCCCACUUCAAGACACACAUGCCCCAGCAGCUUGGUUGGCUGGUUGACCUUCAUCUGUCUUGAGAGACAAUGGAGGGCACUUCCAGGGGUGAAGUCAAACCACUGUAUCAGCAACACCAAAGUGACCUCCCCAGGACGCAAGUCUGGGCAAUGCAUAUGAAGGUCCUAAUCUGCCCAGACGGCAAGACCCCUCCCUCUCAGCCUCACUGAUAUGGUCCAAAGGAAAGCAGAGCAAUACAUUUGGCACCAGCUUGGCUGCAGGAGUUGCUGGAAGGAGGUGUAUAAGGCACCAUGCAACCAUCUUAGGGACUCCACUCUGGAUUUGUGUAGGGUUCACUUCUUAGUCUUCUCUUCUCCCAAAUAUGUCCCACAAGACAUUGGGUAUGGAUUAAAACACCCAUGUUGGAGGAAAGGUUCACAGUGACUAAAUGUGCACCUCAUGGCCCAAAGCUCUAAGGGCACCUUUGCCCAUGACGCAGAUGCAUGGGGAAAGUACAUGCAUCUCAGCAAGGUCUUAUAAGAAAGGAGGCGUUUGUGCACCGCUGCCUAGGGGAGUUCUCUGAUAAAUUCCAGUAUCAAGAAAGUGACAUCCCACUGAGGGGGAGGCAGCAUAAGGUUCAGGGAGCAUGGGGAGAAGAAUUGCCCUGUGUUCACACAGGUCCCAGGCAAAGCUACCCCAGUGCAAAGGCCUUAAGAAGCAUAUCGAUAAACAGCUAAUGUGUUUAAAUAGAAAGUCUCUAUUUGUUGCAUUGAAGGGGGAGGAAUCUUCUAAAAUUGAACUGCUUUAGGGUGGGGAUGGCAGAAGAGCUCAGGGGUGCCAUGGCAGGCAGCCCAAACAAAACCUUUUGCUAGUGACCUUCACAUUUCAGAAAGGCACAUGCCUCCCCAAAACCAAACAGCCACCCAACAACACAACAACAACAACCAAGUGGUCUUUUUCCAAACACACAACAGAGGGAAAUUACCUGACACAGAAUUACAAGGUUCCAGAUCUUUAUUACUGUACACAGAUGCUAUUUGAUAGUGGUGGAAGCCAAACGAUUUUUGUUGCCAUGGCUCUAGUAUCCUAGCAGCUGAGGGGGUGACAUCUCCAUUCAUCAAAUGAUGAUGGGGGGGGGGUUUCACCACCACCUUUAAAUUCACAAACCUCAAGAGGUGUUAAGUUUGCAGACAAGAGAAUUGUUCACCCAGAGAAAUGAAAUUCUACCAAAAUUCAGAAGCCAAUUAAAACCCCAAACUUCAGAAGUAGAAGAUUAAAAUAUUGAGGCGUUGUUACUGUUUUUUAGAAAGUUAAAAUUUCUAAGGGUUGCUUUCUUGUGUACCAAAUCAGGUUUUCAGAAACAAAACCCCUGAUUUUUCCAAAUGAAAUUUGAAUUCUGACACAAAACAGCCCUUUGGCAGCAGCAGAAAUCUGUGAAGGAAGAAACCCCAAAGACACUCACCUGAUUUCAGUUCUUUGUUUUAAACUUCCACACAAAGGAAAUGUGAGGUUCUGAUCCCAAAGCUCCAGAUAAUGAAAAUUUAACAUCCAGAAGAGCAUGUACCUAUUUUAUUAUUGGAGGUUAUGUAAAGUAAGCAAUUCAGACAUUUUAAAAUUAUACUGCAAGGAAUUUAUUCAAGUGGGUUUGAUUUUUUUUAGGGGGGAAAUGUAGUCAGAGUAAGUAUUAUGGGGUUUAAAAAUGACAUGCUGCCUGCAAUCUUGAGGUAUGUGCAUGUCUAGAUUUUCCUUCCCGUAGCUUUCAGUGGGAAGGCAUGGCCACUAUUCAAACUAGUGGGUGGUGGCUUGAAUGCCUGAUGACAGCCUUGCAUACACUUAAAUGGAAGCGAGCUUUAUGGAAACCCAUAGAACUGGCUGCCAGCCAAGGAAUUUAGGUUCCUGGUUCCUCUGUGAUGCCGAUUCAGAUUGUUCUGAUAUAUCUGUAGCAAGCUGGCAACAAGUCACCCCUUCAGCUGCUAUCAACAGGGUGUACGCUUUGAAUAUCUUUUCCUUUUUUGCCACAGUUAUAUUGCUGUAGUGCUUGUUUGUGCUUUCUAGAGAUGUGCAUAAUGCAAUUCAUUUUACUAUGUUACUUCUAUAUUGCUAUUGUUUAUUUUAUUUUAUUUUAUGGAUCUUUUAAUAAAGUGUAUAAAACUCUCUUUAUGUUUUUUUAUGAACCCAUAUCAACACAUUUAAUAAAUAGAGGAGUUUACUUUUUAA